AUGGUUAAUACUAGAGGUGGCUUGAGGGGUGCUAUCACUAGGCCUCGAACUGUGCCCCAGAAUCGCCAUGCUUCUCCCCCAGUGCCCGGGAAUCGCCAUGCUUCUCCCCUGGUGCCACGAAAUUGCCAUGCUUCUCCCCCGAUGCCGCGGAAUCGCCAUGCUUCUCCCCCAGUGCCCCGGAAUCGCCUUCCUUCUCCCCCAGUGCCCCGUAAUCGCCUUCCUUCUCCCCCAGUGCGAGAUGAAGUACAUGAUUUUGCCAUGGAAGAACAACCUACUCAUCGGCAUGAGAUGGAAACCGAUGAUGAUGAUGAUGAUGAUGAUCCUAAUGGAAAUGGAGCUGAAUUUCCUGAUGAAACGGGUAAUCCUGAUGCUACUAAAAUUUUUGCACAAAAUUGA